AUGGCCAAGCACCCCCUUGACCCCCUUUCGAUCAACGAAGUGCGUCAAGCGUCCCGCGCCCUGUUCAGAGGACUGAACCUGCAGGAAGAUGAGAUCAGGUUCAAAGUAAUCGAUCUCGCCGAGCCUUCGAAAGAUGAGACCUUGGUUCACCUCCUGGAACGCGGCCCUAUGCCCGAUCGUAGAGCUAGGAUCUACUAUCAACGGAAGCAAAGGGAUUUCAUGAGCAGAGCAAUCAUCAACAUAACUCGCGGAACUCUCGAGAAGACUGACGACCUUCCUGAUGCCCAGGGACCAGUGGACUGGGUUGAAUACGACCUCAUUACCACAGCUUGCAAUGCCCAUCCAGAUGUCGUGGCUGAGGUCGCUAAGCUGAGACUCCCCGAAGGAGCACGAGUUCUCAAUGACCCUUGGGCUUACGGAACUGACGAUGUCGAGGAGAGACGCCGUCUCUUCCAAUGCUACAUGUAUCUUGCCUUCGAUGACGACGAUGAGGCCAACCACUACUCCAUCCCCCUCCCUCUUGCACCUAUCUUCGAUGCUCAGACUCUUGAGCUGGUUGAAUUGCAAAAGCUUCCUUUGGGGAUCGAUGACGAAAUUGACGAUGAAACACAACCCUGGGUACCUGUCAAGCCAGUUGAGUACAGCGCAAACAUUCUCGGACCCGAUGCUUUUAGAAAAGACCUAAAACCACUACAAGUCGCCCAACCAGAAGGGCCUUCAUUCGACAUCAACAAUCGUAAGGUAUCAUGGCAGAAAUGGCAAUUUCAACUGGGAUGGUCUCUACGUGAAGGUCCAGUUCUACACGACGUACGCUACGAAGGCCGGCCUCUAUUUUACCGGGUAUCGAUGAGUGAGAUGACGGUACCUUACGGCGAUCCUCGAACACCUUACCACCGGAAGCAAGCGUUCGACCUCGGCGACUCCGGCUUCGGUCUCACUUCCAAUAGCUUGUCUCUUGGCUGUGACUGUUUAGGCCACAUUGCCUACUUUGAUGGCGUUCGGGUUUCAGCAACAGGAGAACCUGUUGUUAUGCCGAACGUUGUCUGCAUGCACGAGAUUGAUGAUGGAAUUGGCUGGAAACACACGAACUUUCGCAACAUGAAAUCUUCCACAGUCCGAGACCGGAAGCUCGUUGUCCAGUGCACUUCCACUGUAGCCAACUACGAAUACAUCUUGGCGUAUGCCCUGGAUCAAGCCGCGAAUAUUCACAUCGAGGUGCGAGCAACUGGCAUUGUCUCCACUAUGCCAAUCCGCCCCGAACUCAAGUCGUCGCCUUGGGGAACAGUUGUGGCACCCGGAGUCUUGGCCGUUAACCAUCAACAUCUUUUUUGUGUCCAAGCCAAUUUGGGUUACUCGGUACCGCGAUGA